GGUUAGGUUUAGUUAGCUAAGGCUCGGUUAAGGUGAGGUUAUUGAUGACAACAGAUACAUAACAAUAGCUGAACGUUUUUUUUCCCGCUAUUUGUUCUUCACGCUAAUAACUACAUCAGUAAAACGUUAUUUCUGGUCAUUGAUUUUAAUAACAGCAAAUAUUGGUAGAAGUGUUAUUUUUGUGCUAUUUAUGUUGUAUGUUGUUGAGCGGAUGAAGGUGGUUGAGUUAGUUGUUGACGAACGGAAGUUGAAAAUCCAUCAUUAAUGUUGAUGCUCUGGUGGCAUUAGGAUCAAUCAGUUCGUGACGUCACAGUCUUCCUACCACAGUGCGGCAUGUGACGUCACGGUUGACACACGUCGCUUCUCGUGCCGGUGUAGCUAUGCUGUCGGGUGUACGAUACAACCCUCAUUGCCUGUUUUAUAAUGUAUAUGGACGAUACUACGGUUUAUUUAUCACUCCGAUAUCAAAUAAUAAUUAUUCAGAGGUACUUUCAAUCUUUACACACAUUCGUUUUAUCUUGUGAAGGACAGAUAAAAAUGACGCUUCCUCCCCCUCCCUUGCUGUUUCCUGGGUUUGUCCCUAAAAAACAAAAUCCCUGGAAAUUAGAGUCUACGGAGCUAUAUAUCUCAAGGCGGGAGGCACAGAAAAAAAAAAGUCAAGGUGGCAGGAGGAUAAGUUAGCUAGACUGACAAAAUCAAUGUUCCAAGGAGGAGGAGCUGGAGGAGGAGGUAUGCAGCGAGAGGUUGUGUCAGUAGGUGCCGGGCCUUGGUGAGGAGGAGAGGGAGUCAGAGGUGUAAGGAGUGGGAGGAGGUAAGCAAGUAGCGAGAGUGAGCUGUAUUGUAGGUGAGGGAGGAAGAGAGUGAGGCAAGAUGGACUGGUACAGUUUGUACAGCGAGUGUCCUAGGAUGGUGCUCGGCCUCUCUCUCAGCGCUGGCCUCCUCGUCUACUACAUGCUGGAGGCCGUCAAGAGGCCACUGCUGGCAUGCAGACAUAGCGCUUGGCGAGGGUUCUUGGAAACCAAUCUCACCAUCCUGAAGGAGAGAUACUGGCCCACACCCUGGUGCUAUGAAUCUCGAUGCCAGACCAUCCUUGCAUCCGUCCUCCGCUCUAGACUGCCCGAUAUAACUUACAAAAGAGAGUUACUUGAGCUGAAGGAUGGAGGUCAGAUAUGCUUGGACUGGCUGGAAACAACAUCAGAGGUCGACCAGCCCAUCAUCAUCAUCUUGCCAGGCCUUACAGGGUCCUCUCAGAGCGAGUACGUCAAGAGCUUUGUCCUCACCGUACAAGAGACAGGUGCCCGCUGUGCCGUCUUCAACAACCGUGGCAGAGGGGGUGUUCAACUCAAGACAGCCAGGACGUACUGUGCAGCCAACAGCGAUGACCUGGAGGAAGCCAUUGAACACAUCCGUGCCAAGUUCCCCAAGGCUCCACUCAUGGCUACUGGCAUAUCUCUUGGAGGCAUGAUCCUGGGCAAUUACCUGGUGACCCGAGGUGAGCAAGCUGCCCAGCACCUGGUGGCAGCCAUGGUGCUCUCCAUCCCAUGGAAUGUGUUUGUGGGCACCGAGAGUCUGGAAAAACCUCUCUGGAACCUCCUGCUAAACCGCCACCUGGCCAACUGCCUCUGUGAGUCCAUAAGAAGUAUGAGGAAGCAGUUGGAGGGAGACUACAAGUGGGACCUUGACCAUGUCAUGGAGAGUAAAACAAUCCGGGAGUUUGAUUCAAGAUUUACGGCAGUGCAGUUUGGGUUCAGAGAUGUGGAGGAGUAUUACCGGACUGCUUGCCUGCACGACAAACUGGACAACAUCAAGGUCCCUCUCUUGUGUCUCUCUGCUGCCGAUGAUCCCUUUCAGCCAAUGGAAGGUAUCCCAGUUGAGGCAGCCAAUAAGUCUAGUCAUGUUGCCAUCAUUGUCACUGCCCGCGGGGGACACAUUGGCUUCAUGGAGGGCGUCUUCCCCACCAACACCUACUACAGCGACCGUAUCUAUAAACAGUUAGUCAAUGGGAUCUUCUCCAACCUGGAUAAGAUUAAAGAAGUCAAGAGGGAAGCUGAUGAACACGCACAACUCAUAGCUGCUGACAGUACUAAUGGAUCCGUGUCAUAGAACCAAGUUGUAUAGAAGAAAAAACUGCUCACUUUUAUUACUUCUUGGAUGAAUCAUUAGGUUACCUGAGAAUGUAUAGUAGUUGUGUUUCUUUUUAAAUUUUUAAGGAGUACAGUAUACAGUAAUCCCUAGAUAAUCUGGAGUAAUUUAGGUAAUGGUCAAAGUGAAAGAUCCAGCGUACAGUCAUUUUAGGUAUAUUUAUGGGUAUUUUGUAAACAGGAUUACGUCAAGGUAUUGUUGUAUUCCUGUUCUAUGAAGUAUGAAGAACAAAUGCAUUCCCAUAAUAACAUAAAAAACAUUACACAACACAACGGUAACAUAGGAAACAUAAUAUAAGCUGACAUGUUUACACCCCACAAGGUCCGUGGCUACUCAGAAUUGGAGUGGUUAAAUGCCAUUGAGUCCUUUUCUUUACAUUAAAUUCUUGUGACUUAUGCACUCUCAUAAGGCACUGCAGAGUAUACAAUGUGUAGUGUAUGAUAAAACUGGUGUAGUUGUUGAUAAAGAGAAUGUAGAUGGGAUAGACAGGUUUUGUUGGAGUGUCUAGAUUUCCAGAUUAAUGGGAGUUUACUGUAUUACUACGACUUGUAUGAAGUUUGUCCUCACGUUGCAGUGUAUUAGUUGGGAGGAAGAGUUUUAUAAUAUGUGCAGUCACCCACAAAAGUCCUGUCGCCUCUCCUGAACCACGAACCCCGAUAUUCAGACUUGUGAACCCAAAGCAGUAGGUACUGAUGCAUUAUUUUGUCCAUAAAUGCUUCAUAUUGAUGAGUCUGAAUCUCAGAGUUUGUGGUUCAGGAGAAGAGGGGACAGGACUUUUGUGAAUGACUGUACCAUGCACACCCACACAUUCAGUCUGCAUGGAAGAACACACCGUCAUUCACUCACACUUAAACACGUUCUCUCAGUCACAUGUCUACACACCCACAUGCAUAUUAAAAUGUGCAUAAAGACAUGUAUAUUUGUAAAUAUACAUACAGUACAUAUCACAGACAGGUGAUCAGUUGAAAAAUUUAAGAGUUUAAAUAAUUGUUUAUUAAUAUAUAAUAUAUACUAACAAUACCUCACUAGUCGGGAAACGAACCCCGACUGGUGAGGUAUUGUUUUGUAUAUGGAAGUUCGCGUGCUAUAUGGAUUGAUGAGAUAUAUACUGUAUUGUAUAGGAGAAACUGUGAUAUGGUAGGCAGUUUUGAUGUUUUGUGUGUAAUGGUUAGAUGACUACCACAUUGAUCUUCAUUUCUUGUCAUACUAGAAUGUAUAAUGUCAUACGUACUGUACAGACAAUGGUGUAUGGCAGCAGUACGGCAGGGUGUAUAAGGAUAGUGAGUAAGUCUGUUGUGAUGGUCUUUGUCACUGUGAGAAGAAACUGACCUCGGAUGGUCUGUAUUUGUGUCACCCUUGCCCUCUCACGUCAAGACAGAGGCACAGAAGCCAUGAGAUAUAGUUUACCGUAUGUGUGCUGCACUAGAUAAGAGUAUAUUAAUUUUCCUGUUUAUCAUGAAGAAAAAAUGGUAAAGAAUUGCAACCCUGUAUAUAAGUAAAUCACAUAUACAUUACACUGGCAUAUUGAGCAGUGUGUUUUGUAUAUGCCCUCAAUUUUCAAAGCAAUGAUAUUUUUUUUUACCUACAGAUAGUUAUGACUUGUAAAUUUUAAAGGGUAUGCCAUUUAUAUCCAUAUGUAACUGGUUAUCUAAAAAGUAUAUAUAUAUAUAUAAUUCUGUUAUCUUUGUGCAGUAUUUGGGUCAGUGUACACACCCAAACCUACCCACCCACCCUUCCUUCUGAAAUUAGCAAGACCUGCCAAUGAUACAGACAAGGUUAAGAAGUGAAAUCCCUCGGAAAAUGAAUGAAAUAAACUUGCGGAAAUGUUGUAGAGAAAAUAUUUACAAAAUAGAGCGGAUUGAAAGGUCACCGAGCUGUAAAUUUAGUAGAGAGACUGUGUGAAUAUGCAUUUAAAUUAUACUGUAGUGCACCAAGUAAAUGAAGAAGAAAAGGUUGUUGUCGUAGUAAAUCAUCAUUGAAGCGCGAAAAGACACUAAAGUAGGAAAUAAUAAUGUACUGCAUCAUCCCCCCAACACACACACACAGGAAGGAAUCAUAACCUCGGCAAAUGUAUAUUGUACUGUACUGUUGUACUGUAUAUGAGUCACAUGAGGAGAGGUUAAGUAUACAGAGAAAUGAAAGAAUGUGUAAAAACAAAUGAUAGUGGGAAGUACUAUAGUAGGUGCUAUAUAAUGAGAGGUAGAUUAGAAUUUGUGUAUGUGGCAGAUUAUCUAGUGUGUGGCAGAUUAUCUAGUGUGUGGCAGAUUAUAUAGUAGUAUGUGGCAGAUUAUCAGUAGUAUAUGGCAGAUUAUAUAGCAGUGUGUGGCAAAUCAUCUUAUAGUGUAUGGCAACCUAGCAAGUCAAGAAGCUAUCAUCACACUGCAUUAGAUCAUCACUAUCUAGCUGUCUACUUUACAACUGUUUUAUGAAGGUACAGUGAUAAGAUUUUGAGAUAAAUUUACCUAAUGUUUGCUAGUUUUUAGUUGGGAAUGAUUCUACUGUAGUGAGGUUUAGUUUAUUUUCUUAGUUGGGUGAGGUAGUAUUGGAAGGUGCUGUAUUUGUUUGUCUGUCUGUAGUGAAUCGACGUGAGGCUAUUGUAGUGACGUAGGCCUAUCGGGUUAUCCCUCGAUGAUUGAGAAGAACUUGUUUCUCUUGAAAAUUACUAAAUGAUGCUGUAUACACCUUUCUUUACAUCUGACCAAGGCCACAGUAUAUUGUGUAUAUAUCUGUGUAAUGUUCCACUUUAACAUUAUGGUAUACCCAAACCUGAGAAUUUACAGUACAGUACUCCCUUAGGAUUCAUUUCUGAACUGAAGGGUUGCUCUUAAUCAUGAACCUUGAUAAGUCAUACAUUAAUCUAGUGUAGAAUUUCACAGUCAGACUUGGAGUUUUAGACUUAGUUUGUACUUUUUAGGUAGAAGAUACAAUGUUCUUCAAGUGAGAACCUUAUACUUGCAUGAGAUAGUACUAGGACAUUGAUAAUACUGAAGCACUUACCCUCUGUGUACUAGGAGACUUACACUAUACAGUAUAGAAGAGUUAUAGGAGGGCACUUGAAGCUAACUGGUUUAUGUAAAGGUAAAACCUGGAGGAUGAUGAUGUGGUGGAAACUCUAACAACUGCUCUCAACUAUAACCUGUAGGAGACUGUGAUGAGUCUUACUGUAACUAUCUGACCCUGGAACCUUAACCUCUGAACACAGAAAUAUAUUAAGGCAUAAUAGAGUAGUGCUACUGUAUACAGCAUUAAAAACAAGGGAUAUCUACUUUCACUCAUUCUGACAAUAUGUAUUCAUGAUAACUGAUUGACCUUGUUCUUUGAUGUGUUUCCUUUAAAUACAAAAUAUGAAUCACUGCCAGUAGGGUCUGUCUAAGUUAGUAAGGUUCUCUGAAAAAUUUGAAACAAUUACUGGAAUAUUCUUUAUUGUGGUGUGCAUAAACAGACCUUACACUAUGCCCUUGCUACCGUAGAGAACAGAAGGUGCUGUUGGUAGGUCGGUAGAACUCAUCAAUCCUGACAGCAGCAGAUCCAGGUGUAGGCCAAAAAAUUUAUUCCUACUAAGCAUAAAUUUAUAAAAAAAUCAACAUUUAUUUAGAAGUCUGGAAGUCCAUUUUUUUUAUUUUGAUGUACCGAACACUUUUUUUUUAUGUGGUUUAGAGUUUAUAUUAGUCUUUGGAUAGACAUACAAGGACCUGUACAAGAAGAAUGAUUGUUCCUGUUAAUUGUUUCAACUUUAGAGUGGUAGCAUCACCUGUUGCCUCUGCUGAUAGUUCCAGGGUUGGUGAGUUAACUGACAGAAAAAGUGGAAGCAUUCUUAAGAGUAGAAUUCACUUCAAUAUCUCUGGUAUUAAUUGGAGGAAAACAAAUAUGUGUACGGUCCUGUGAACCAAGCUGGUAAUUUUUCUGUACGAGUGUCCCACAUACCUGUUAAGCCUCAGUGUACAGUCACCUGAACCCAUCUGUCUUUUGGUGGUCACAUUACUUAGGAGAGUUCCGAGAAAUAUUCCCAAGAAAUGUUACUGGUUGUUAGGUCAGCUUUGUGCUCUUGUGCUUACACUGUCUCGCUCAAAACUCUUAACAUCAUCUCAGCUACGGGUAAAACAUACGUUGUUAAUUUUUCAUACUGGAAAUGCAUAUACAUAUUACACAUUGGUGAAGUUAAAAAAAUUUAUUUUUUGUAUUAUUCAUGUGUGUUACAAAUACAUAAUAUAAAACUUUUAAUACUGUACCCUGUAGUGCAUAGCUUGAGCUCUAAAGGUUACAUAGUAUAGAUAUACUUUUUUAUAUCUAGAAGUACUGUAAUAGUCAUACAGCUCUCUCUCCUCCAUACAUUACACACAGCAGGACCCAGUGGGAUGGGUUGAAACACUUCUUAUUACCAUUAUGUCAGGUUAGUCAACAGAGUCCAGAGUGCUACCUCCCUACACUGACCUGUGUGUUGCAAUUACUGCUACAAAGCUUGCGUCCAUAAUUUCAGCCCCAUUGAUAGAUACUGUCCAUUAAUUUCAUAAAACAAAGGAAACCUGUAAAAGAAGUAUUUAAUAUACCUUUAUGAUACAUCAAAUAUUAAAACUGUAACAGUGUAAGGACUGAAGUACCAAUCAUAUUCAUAUUGGUACACUUUUGGGCAAAUAAAAAUAAGUUUAGCAUAGGUACAUUACAACGGUCAAACUCAUUUUACUGUACUGUACUCAAUAAUCUGAUUAAUGUGUACCUCAGCUUAUUUCACCUAAAGAUUAAUCACUCAUGCUAACCUGACCUAAUCUAACCAAACCUAACCUAUUCUUACCUAACCUCAUCUUAUCCCUCCCCCAAAUACUGUAGCAUUAGGGGAGUUAUUUUUUAGGUGAAAUAAGCUGGAAUGGUAACUUUUCAGGUGAUCCACGGCAGUGAUAAAAUUACUGUUGUAAAAAGUCUGUUUAAUGGUAUUAAGAAAAAUUUAUUUGUCUGAAGUAGAUAACAGUAGUGUUUAUUCCCCUGUAAUAAAGCCUGUCGGGUGGACAGGCCAGGUAGCGUUCUGACCUCAUUAUGCCAAUACAGAAGUUUAACUUGAUCAGAUUCUCUUAAGGCUCUUCAAAGCUUAUGUAGAUUGUAAGUAAAUACCACUAGAAGUAUGAAAAUUGGUACAGUAUUUAUUUACAGAUUCUGCUCCAUAUGUUCAGUAAAAGUAUACCGUAUGUAACAUUUAAGAGAACCACAGUGAAUUUGUGUUGUGUACAAAACAUCUGGAUUUAGGACAAAAAUGUUCUAAUAGAAGUGUUUUGUGUUAAUAAAUUUUAUCAAAAGACCUGUGAAAUAUGUUUGUAACAAGUUGUCUUUUUAUGUUAACAGUUUAAGAAAAUGUUACUGUAGUUAAAGUUGCCAACAAAAUUUAA